AUGGUCCUCACUUCCCUUCGUCAACGCCUCCCGGCGCCUCGCCAGGACCUUCAAGCCCGCCAGGCCAAGAAGGCACAGAUCGAGGCUGGCAAUGCCUCCGGCAAAGAUCCAACAUACGAGCCCUCCCGUAUUAACGUCCUCGCAUCUGAGGCGUCAGCAUGGUACAACUCUGGUCCUCGCCGACAACUCUACUUCCUCCUUUUCCCGGCCUGUGUUGUCUCCUAUGCCACCAGUGGCUACGAUGGCUCCAUGAUGAACUCCCUCCAGACGGUCUCCUGGUGGGAUGAAUAUUUUGGCAAGCCCCGUGGCUCUAAGCUCGGCUCGAUGAGCGCUAUCAUGUACCUGGGCUCUGUCUGCAGCACCCCGAUUGCGCCCUGGGUAGCGGACAAGUUCGGUCGACGGUGGGGCAUCACCGCAGGUAGCAUCAUCAUGAUCGUCGGUGCCAUCCUGCAGUGUGAGAGCCAGAAUUUCGCCAUGUUUGUCAUCAGCCGCUUCGUCCUCGGUUUCGGUCUUUCAUUUGCCACGACAGCUUCGCCCAGCAUGGUGAGCGAGCUUUCCCACCCCAAGGACCGUGUCACCAUCUCGGCCAUCUGCAACACCUGCUGGUACAUCGGCUCGAUUGCCGCCGCCUGGAUUACCUUUGGCUCCCGCGAAAUCGAUUCCACCUGGAGCUGGCGUCUGCCCUCCCUCCUCCAGAUGGCGCCCAGUCUAGUGCAGCUCUCCACUAUUUGGUUCCUGCCCGAAUCGCCGCGCUGGCUCAUCGCCAACGACCGCGGUACUGAAGCUAUGGCUGCGCUGGCCAAGUACCACGGUGAUGGCGAGGAGACGGAGCUCGUCCGUAUUGAAUAUGCCGAAAUUGUGGCGGCUAUCGAGCACGAGAAGACAUCGGGCAAUACCUCCUGGAAGUCCAUGGUCAGCACCCCCGGCAACCGCUAUCGUGUGCUUAUUGUCUGCUGCAUGGGAACCUUCUCGCAGUGGUCUGGGAACGGCUUAAUAAGUUAUUAUCUCUCAAGGGUAAUGGACAGCAUUGGCAUCACCAACAAAGAUACGCAAGCUCUCGUCAACGGCAUCAUCAACAUCUGGAACUGGCUCAUCGCGCUCACGACGGCCUUCUUUGUCGAGCGGAUCGGGCGUCGUCCCUUGUUCCGCAUCUCCACAAUUGGAAUGCUGAUCAUGUUCACUGCCUGGACCAUUGCCUCGGAGCGCUUCGCCGUUACGGGGGCCAAAGCGGCCGGUACCGCUGUGCUCGCGCUCAUCUUCCUGUACCAGAUCUUCUACUGCAUUUGCUUCUCGCCUCUCCCUGUGGCGUACUCGGUCGAGGUCCUCCCCUACUCCAUCCGCGCCAAGGGUAUGGCUACCUAUGUCUUUGCCACCAAGAUUGCCGUCUUUGUGAAUCAGUUCGUCAACCCGAUUGGUCUCGACAACAUUGGCUGGCGGUUCUAUCUCGUCUAUGUGGCUGUGCUGGCGGUCGAGAGCUUCAUUGCGUACGGAUGGUUCCUGGAGACCAAGGGCAAGGCGCUGGAGGAAAUAGCAGAGAUCUUUGACGGCGAGGCGGCGAAUGUGCGCGUCCACGGCCACGCGGAGGGCAAGGGGGUGAUGGAGGAUCCGACGACGCUACAGGAGGAGACUGUUGUCAGGAAGAGCUGA